GUCGAUGCAAACAGCAGAUAGCAGUAAUGCUUUACUAAAGUUUCAGAUCCAGUGUGAAGAAGAAGAAGAGGAAGAGGAAAACAGAAGAAAUGAAGAAGCAAGAAGAAGAAGCAGGAAGAAGAAGAAGCAGGAAGAAGAAGAAGCAGGAAGAAGAAGCAGGAAGAAGAAGAAGCAAGAAGAAGAAGAAGCACGAAGAAGAAGCACUCUCCCGCCGCCAUUACUAUUUGUUUCUCUCAGUCUUUCAGCAGGUUUUGUUUAUAAAUGUCGUCAGUCGGAUGGAUGUGGCUCAGUAUUAAUAGAGAAAUCAGAUUUAGUUGGAAUCUACAACAAUAUGAAGAACUAUUCAGAAAUCUCCGUGUUUUUAUUAAUAUUCUGUGUGUUUGGAGCUGAUGGAGAUGAAGAUGAAAUGAAGAGAGUGAUGGAGGGAGAUUCUGUCACUCUAGACACUGAUUUAAGAGAAGAAUUUAUUCUAAUAACGUGGUGGUUUAGAUAUUCAAACUCAAUCAUUGCUGAAACUGAUGGAUAUGAGAUCUCAUAUCCUGAAGAUGAGAGAUUCAGAGGCAGACUGAAGCUGAAUCAUCAGACUGGAUCUCUGACCAUCAACUACAUGAGAAUCACAGACUCUGGAGUUUAUGAACUAGAGAUCGAUCACAACAGUGGGACCUCAAAUAAGACAUACAGUGUUACUGUCCAUGUGUUUGGAGCUGAUGAAGAUGGAGUGAAGAGAGAGUCAGUGAUGGAGGGAGAUUCUGUCACUCUAGGCCCUCGUUUAAGAGAGAAAUUUAAUCUUAUAAAGUGGAGGUUUGGAGUUUCAGGCUCAAUCAUUGCUGAAACUGAUGGAAAUAAGAUCUCAUAUACUAAUGAUGAGAGAUUCAGAGACAGACUGAGUCUGAAUAAUCAGACUGGAUCUCUGACCAUCAACAACAUGAGAAUCACAGACACUGGAAUUUAUCAUCUACAGAUCGAUCACAACAGUGGGACCUCAAAUCAGAUAUUCAGUGUUACAUGUGUUCCAGCUCUGUCUCCAGUUUAUGUAGCAGCAAUAGUUGUUGUCGGUCUGCUGGUGUUAUCUGCUGCUGCAGUUUCUGCUGUUUUAUACUAUCACCAUAUUUUCUCUGAACUAGAAAGGCAAAACCCUGUGACAGAUAAAAAGAAACGGAAACUGCUUCAUCAGACUAGAUCUCAGAAAUCCACAGAUUCUGGAUAUUCAGAUCUACAGAUCAAACCCUGCAGCGAAGGUUCCAGAGGAAAAAAUGCAAAUAAGACGUCAGAGAUUCCACUGUUGAGUAAAGAAGAUCCGGACAGAGCAAGAGUUCAGCCCACAACUUAGUGGAUCAUGAAAACAUUGUUAAUGGCACUAUGGAGCCAUGUGAUUUAAACUGUUUUAAUAGGUUUAACAUUACAUAUCAGCUCGGAAAAUACAGUAAUUUGAUUAGAAACACCAGUUACUAUCCUUUAAGUCAGCCGUGACUUCCACAUUCAGGAAAAGGUCUUUAUCACUGGAGUCUGAGUCAAGUCUGGAUUCUUUUGUCACCAAUCCGAGUCGAGUCUCAAGUCAUUUAAAACAUAAAGUUUUCAUACUCAAAUCCUAUUUUUAUCCUAGUUGUAUUAUAUAGACAAAAUAAUAUGAUCUUUCAUCGGUUUUGUUUGUAAUAAUGAAGGUCCUAAAAUGUAAGGGAUAAUGUAAAUCCAAUUUAUUACUUUAUAAUCCAUUACAAUAUAUAAUCCAGUAAAAACUAUCAUCCAGCCAUUUCAAUGCAGUCGCUUAUUGGACAUAAGAUGGCGCCAGUGAGUCACGGUUUAUGCUGCUUUAUUGACGACAGUCAUCAGAAAAAUAUAUGUGACGCAGAUAUUAUAAAACCAUUCAAAUAAAACGCAAAUUCUUUAUUAUAUCAGUAGUUAAUGAUAAAAGACUUUAUUUGUUUUUAAAAUAUUCAUGACUCCUUUGUGCCGGGUCGAGUCUGAAGUCUUAUAAAGCAGAACUAAGCAAGAUUUGCGAAGCUCCCCCUACAGGUUCCUUCAGUGAAUCACACUGUCGUAAAUACUCCAAAAGCAGCUCUGGACUACAGCGACUACAACGCUCACCAGUGCAGUACACUGUCAAUGUAAAUCUUUCAAAAGGAAAUGAAUACUCAAUUUGGACAACAGUCAGGAGCAACGCAUGCCUUAGCAUUAGCUUUGAAAUCUUGCAUUGGUUUAAAGUGAAGCCAGUCGCUGAUGCAAUGUAAACAAUAUUCUGGGAAUUUACUAUACUAUUAAACUACCGGUUGAAAUGCAGUUGUCUCACAUAAAGCCCGUACAUGACAAAUAGAGAAACACUCAUCAAUCCCACGACUUGGUAACAUAGCGGGCGAAUUAGCAUGCUUGCAUCUCUGCGAGCCGAUAAGCUAAGUACAUGACAUAACAGUGGCUAUAUCUCAAAGGACAUGAAAUAACAAUAGAUCUAAUGGAAAUAUUAAGAAAAUAAAGUUGUUUGGCAAGGUUACUUACAAGUUCAACAACAUUAAAGCCACGUCAGAAUCGGUUUGAAGUUCUUCGCUCUGUUUCAGUUGACACCAUUCCAUAAAAGCUGGUCCAAGGUUGACUCGAGAAUGAGCUCUCUCUCGGUCUAGUUGACGUUUUCUCUUCCUAGAAUCUUCAGACAAUGGUUUCCUCUGUUUUUUUUAGUGGCUCCGCUAUGACUGAUGAUGACAUAAAUGUCAUUUUGGUGUGAUCGAAGUGAGAUCAUACUGUGUGAGGUCGCUAUGUGUAUAUUGAAUUACCGUAAAGCAUUUUGUCACUCUCGCGUGAACGUGAACACGAGGCGAGAUUGUUUCGGGUCGGCGCAGCUCAACUUGCAAGUGCUGUUUUCUGGCAUAGACGUGCCAGAGGGGGUUAGUGCUCUCCUCAAACACACCAAUACAAGUCAAUUAACCAUCGUAAGGACUUUGAAAACUAUUCAUGAAGGUAAAAAAAGUUACUUAGUUCUGCUUUAAGGCCCGGGACACACUAGAUGAUGUUAAAUCUGUGGGAGAUCACAGACAUAAUGAGAGUUUCUGCCAUGCGCACAUCUAUUAUUGGAACAGUAUUUUUGAUUAAGUAGUCAUUUGUUUGGUCACUCCCUCAGACAUUUUUUCUUAACAAAUAAAGUAAUAUCUUAUAAAAUUAUUUACAGAUUUUAUUCUGUCAAGCAUUUUUAUUUGUGGAAAUUUAAAAGAAACAUUGAAACAUCCUGCUCUUUUUGUGAAGUUUCUUCUGAAACUGUAGGUCAUUUGUUUUGAGAGUAAUGCACUGAUUGUCCAAAAUGUA